GCUGCUAGUUUCUUCAUCCAUGGCGGAUUGUAAUUCCGUCCUCAUAGCUGCAGUUUUAGCUCUAUUAUUGACGAUCGCCAGCUCCGAGGGACCAUUCAUUGUGGCACACAAGAAGGCCACUCUUACUCGCCUCAAAUCCGGUGCCGAACGACUCUUUAUCUCCAUUGAUAUCUAUAAUAAAGGAUCUGCGACGGCAUAUGAUCUAAACCUUAAUGAUAGCUGGUCUCAAAAUGUGUUUGACAUUGUCGCUGGCAACACAUCCAUGUCAUGGGAAAGGCUGGAUGCGUGAGUUCUCAUAUUAUUUGUGGUAUCUGACAAUUAAGUAUCUUUAAAUUUAUCUCUUUAUCAUACUUGAUUAUCUGAUGUCA